CACGAACGCAACAUUUUUAAAAAAGUAGUUUUGUCAAUAUCGCAUGAGGAGGUGGUAGUGUUGUUGCAUUCUUAUGUUUAUUAUCUAGUUUUAUCGAAAUUUUUAAUUAGAAGUGUGUGCAUUUGUAUCGGAUAAAUAUACAAUGGAUAACCAUUGUUAUUUCCUUGAUAUAUAAAUAAUUAUAUGGGUAUAGAAAAAUUAUUGUUAUAUUAUUUAUGUGAUUUUGUAAGAUCAACAUUCUAAAAUGACUCUAACUAUGACAAAAAAACUUAGCGAAUGCCAAGCAGAAACUGUGCAAUUUAUGCCCAUAGAAAAAGUAGAAGAUGAAUGUAGAACAGAAGGCUACUGUCAAUCCAGUGGUCUUCUGCGAAGAGGGAAGAAAUUGGAAGACAACAAUAACUUGACCAAAGAGGAGGAGGAGUAUAUCAAUUACCGACAACUCCUCAAAUAUGAACAGGCACCAGAAUAUAUUAAACACAAUCAAUACAUAAGAGAUGGAUAUAGAAAAUUAUUGCCCACAAAACUAUGCUGGGAAAGCAUAUUCUGGUGGACGAAUGAGACUAUGAACAUAUGGACACACAUAUUCGGUUUCUUCUUGCUAUUGUUCCUGACCAUCAAUGACUUGGUGAUCAUAAACAUCCACGCGACGGUCACAGACAAGAUCGUCGCUGGCUUAUUGUUCUCUUGUUUUCUGAUAUGCAUGGCGCUGUCAGCCCUCUACCACACGUUCUCUUGCCGGUCAGAGCACGAUUACAACACGUUCCUCAUGUACGACCUCUUUGGAAUCGCGCUCUCCUUACUGGCCAUCUACACUUCCGGUGUUUAUUACGCGUUCUGGUGUCAUUCUGAACUAAAAACGUUCUACAUGACAUCGGUGACCGUAAUCUUCGUGGUGGCGAUGGUGCUGCAGAUCCCUCGGCUAGGGGUGCCGUACCUCGUGAAGAUGUGCGUGUUCAUCGGCUGGGCAGCCUACGGAGUGUUGCCUACGCUGCACUGGACGUAUACUAUGGGGGGAUUCGACAACCCUAUGGUGCAGAUGUUCUUCCCAAGGGUGAUUGGGAUGUAUGUGAUAAGUGGAACUGCCUUCGUGAUAUACGCCUUUAAGGUUCCCGAACGUUGGUUCCCAGGCAAGAUGGACUACAUAGGCCACUCCCAUCAAUGGUGGCAUGUGCUGGUAUUAGGAGCUCUGUACUACUGGCACAACUCCGGCAUGAUGUAUGUCCAGUACCGCAUGAACCAUGGCUGUGCUAACACCAUGCGGAUCUUCUAAACUCCACCUUAUUAGUAAAAAAGAGUUCCAACUAUAAAAAAUAUAGGGAUGUUUCUAACUAGUCGAGUUUAGCAGUUUCUUUCGAUGUCUUUCUUGGCAGUUGUGUUCUUUGAAUUUUUGACAAGAAUAUAAUAUUUUGGCGCCAAGUAACCUUAUGUUUUUAUCUGAAAAAUACGAAAACUAAGUAAUUUAUGACAUAACUUAAUGUAUGAUUGUUUUUCAAUGUUUUCCUGUAUUGAAUAGUCGAAACAAUUACUUUUGCCUAAGGAAACAUCCCAAAUGAGGACCAAUGCGAAUCCUAUGUGGAUUGUGCCUUAAACUUGCCUAGGCGAGACCAGGUUUUAAGGAAAAUAUGCCUUAUUUUGAAAGCUGUUAAGGCCUUAAUACAAUAAAACCUCGUUUUAAGUAUUUUUAGUAGUUAGGAGGAAAUAUAAGACGCUAGAAAAUUCAGCAUGUGUGACACACAACUGCUCGACAUGGAAACAAAAAAAAAAAUAGUGAAAAUUGAAUAGUUGACAUCAUUUAAACUCAGUUUAGCAAUGGCUACUUUAUUUGUAUUGCAAUAAAGUCUAAAAUUCCGUAAAUCUUGUCUAAUUACAGUUUGUCAUCUCAGUAUAUACUUACGUGAUAAUACUCAUAAUAUGCAGCUCAAGUUUUUGCGUUCCAUUAUUUAUAAUUUAAGACUGAAAUGGGUCCAUUAUAGUUUGAUUAUAAAACGACGUGUUUUAUAACCGCUAAGUUCAUAAGCAGCACUCGUUUAACCCUUUGAAUCUCAUAUAAGAAAUAUUUCUACCAGAAAUGUUGAAAAGUGGAAGGAAACGGUCCAUAACAUCAUAAUUUUCCAUUGAAAAUAGGGCCUGUAUAGCCGAAGGCAUUUUAUCUCCUAAGGACAAAAACCAAUUUAAUAUUGUAAAACAUAACUUGAUUCCAUUGCAUAACAGGUAGUACUUAUUUUGUCAAUAUAGAUUCCCUAUAAACUCUAUUGUAUAACCUACGAAGAGACCUGUGAAUAUAUCGUGAUGUAAUUGAGUCAAGUUCGACAUACAAACAUAAUAUAUGCCCCUUGUUUGUGCAGGCCCAUAAUGUCACAAUAUAUGACAAUUUUUAUGACAAAACAGAUCUGAUUUACUUACAUUGUUAUAAAAAAUAUGAGACUAAUUUUAACUAGUUUAAUUUUGAAGUUUAAUUACAUUUUUAUUAAGUAAUGGCGAAAUAAACGUAAUUAUGAAUGUAAGUUUGUUAAUUUUUUUUUACUCUUUGACAUCUGUGAUUCAAUUGAAAACACGUUUACGUUUUUAAUUGUACUUAAUUAUACUUUAUUUAUAUUGUUUUAAGCUAUUGUUAUUAUUAAUUUUAUAUUCUAUGGGUUGGUAGCUGGGUUUUGUAUGAUGGAACAUAAAUGAUUUUAAAUUGA